AUGAUUUCAUUUGUAAUAUUAUCUUUGGAUCCUUUUUCAAUGAGAACUUUUUCAACAACAUUCAGUUGGAAACUUUAUCGACUUUUAGCAUUUUUUUCCGUUCUCUUCCGUUUAAGCUGUGCAAUAUUUUGUGACACUGAAAAAGAUCUACAGGUUGUUAUGUUUGGUCUUUUCAUUGCUGUACCGUUGAAAGCACUUCCCCAUCAAUAUUUAUGGAAACAUUAUGAAGAAAAAUGA